AGAAGUCGCAAAGGAAUAUAUUUCUACUUAGUUUGACUGUUUUUGACUUUUAUUGAGAGGAAUAUUGAAAAAAAGACACAGACAGAUGGGGACCUCUCGGUUCGCCGUUUUGGGCAUUUUAAUGUUCGUUUUUCAGGUCUCAGCUUUAGUUACUGCUGAGGAGCCAACAUGUGCACCUGGAUUCGAGUCAGAAAUGUUGAUUUUCAAAGUGACCAGAAAGCAUCUGAGGCAGGGCACAAGACUGGGUAAAGUGGGCUUCACUGACUGCACAGACCGCACAAGAUUCCUUUUCAGCAGUGAUGACAGCCGUUUCAUGGUACAGACAGAUGGCAUGUUGACGGUAAAGAGACAGAUAGUUCUUCAUGAAGGACAUCAGGACUUCUUCAUCCACUCCUGGGAUUCACAAGGUCGCAACAUGACAGUUCCAGUCAGGGUAUUGCACCAUGGGCAUCAGCAUGGGGACCACCACCGGGACCACCACCGGGACCACAGACACCAUAACCAUCAGCACCACCAUACUGAAGUGGACUCUGCUAAUAACACAGAGAGUGCAACCAAUCCACCAGUACCUGUUCUGCAUUUCCCCAAGUCUGCUGAUGGGCUGAGGAGAAGGAAGAGAGACUGGGUCAUUCCUCCCAUCAAUGUUCCUGAGAAUAACAGAGGACCGUUUCCGAGUAAUGUAGUUCAAAUCUGUUCCAGUGAAGAUAAAAUAAAGAAGAUCUAUUACAGCAUCACUGGUCCAGGAGCUGAUCAGGAUCCUGUUGGCCUUUUCACCUUGGACAGAAACACUGGUAUUCUCUAUGUCACACAGCCACUGGACAGAGAGAAGGUGGCCAAGUACAUGCUACAAGCGCAUGCUGUGGCAGAUGGUUCAGGAAAUGCUGAGGAUCCUAUGGAUAUUAUAGUGAAUGUAAUUGACCAGAAUGACAACAAGCCUGUAUUCACUCAAGAUACCUUCCUGGGAACCGUUCCUGAGGCGUCAGCCAAAGAUUUUGAGGUGAUUACGGUCACAGCCACCGAUGCUGACGAGCCAAAUAAUGACAACUCAGAUAUCCGCUACAGUAUUGUGAGCCAGGAGCCGCAGUUUCCCAGUGACAACCUGUUUGAAAUCAACCCAGUGACUGGAGCCAUCAGAGUCAGUGCUGGUGGGCUUGACAGAGAGAAAUUCCCAAACUACACUCUGGUUGUACGGGCAGCAGACACACAGGGAGAUGGGUUGUCCGCAGAGGCCAAAGUAAUCCUCACUGUAACAGAUAGCAAUGACAACGCCUCGGUCUUCGCUCAACCCUCUAGUGAAGCCAAUCCACCAGUACCUGUUCUGCAUUUCCCCAAGUCUGCUGAUGGGCUGAGGAGAAGGAAGAGAGACUGGGUCAUUCCUCCCAUCAAUAUUCCUGAGAAUAACAGAGGACCCUUUCCAAGUCAUGUAGUUCAAAUCCGUUCCUUGGAAGAUAAAAUAAAGAAGAUCUAUUACAGCAUCACUGGUCCAGGAGCUGAUCAGGAUCCUGUUGGCCUUUUCACCAUGGACAGAAACACUGGUAUUCUCUAUGUCACACAGCCACUGGACAGAGAGAGGGUGGCCAGGUACAUGCUACAAGCGCAUGCUGUGGCAGAUGGUUCAGGAAAUGCUGAGGAUCCUAUGGAUAUUAUACUGAAUGUAAUUGACCAGAACGACAACAGGCCUGUAUUCACUCAAGAUACCUUCCUGGGAACCGUUCCUGAGGCGUCAGCCAAAGAUUUUGAGGUGAUUACGGUCACAGCCACCGAUGCUGACGAGCCAAAUAAUGACAACUCAGAUAUCCGCUACAGUAUUGUGAGCCAGGAGCCGCAGCUGCCCAGUAACAACCUGUUUGAAAUCAACCCAGUGACUGGAGCCAUCAGAGUCAGUGCUGGUGGGCUUGACAGAGAGAAAUUCCCAAACUACACUCUGGUUGUACGGGCAGCAGACACACAGGGAGAUGGGUUGUCCGCAGAGGCCAAAGUAAUCCUCACUGUAACAGAUAGCAAUGACAACGCCUCGGUCUUCACUCAACCCUCUAGUGAAGCCAAUCCACCAGUACCUGUUCUGCAUUUCCCCAAGUCUGCUGAUGGGCUGAGGAGAAGGAAGAGAGACUGGGUCAUUCCUCCCAUCAAUGUUCCUGAGAAUAACAGAGGACCUUUUCCGAGUAAUGUAGUCCAGAUCCGUUCCUUGGAAGAUAAAAUAAAGAAGAUCUAUUACAGCAUCACUGGUCCAGGAGCUGAUCAGGAUCCUGUUGGCCUUUUCACCAUGGACAGAAACACUGGUAUUCUCUAUGUCACACAACCUCUGGACAGAGAGAAGGUGGCCAGGUACAUGCUACAAGCGCAUGCUGUGGCAGAUGGUUCAGGAAAUGCUGAGGAUCCUAUGGAUAUUAUACUGAAUGUAAUUGACCAGAACGACAACAGGCCUGUAUUCACUCAAGAUACCUUCCUGGGAACCGUUCCUGAGGCGUCAGCCAAAGAUUUUGAGGUGAUUACGGUCACAGCCACCGAUGCUGACGAGCCAAAUAAUGACAACUCAGAUAUCCGCUACAGUAUUGUGAGCCAGGAGCCGCAGCUGCCCAGUAACAACCUGUUUGAAAUCAACCCAGUGACUGGAGCCAUCAGAAUCAGUGCUGGUGGGCUUGACAGAGAGAAAUUCCCAAACUACACUCUGGUUGUACGGGCAGCAGACACACAGGGAGAUGGGUUGUCCGCAGAGGCCAAAGUAAUCCUCACUGUAACAGAUAGCAAUGACAACGCCUCGGUCUUCACUCAACCCUCUAGUGAAGCCAAUCCACCAGUACCUGUUCUGCAUUUCCCCAAGUCUGCUGAUGGGCUGAGGAGAAGGAAGAGAGACUGGGUCAUUCCUCCCAUCAAUGUUCCUGAGAAUAACAGAGGACCUUUUCCGAGUAAUGUAGUCCAGAUCCGUUCCAGUGAAGAUAAAAUAAAGAAGAUCUAUUACAGCAUCACUGGUCCAGGAGCUGAUCAGGAUCCUGUUGGCCUUUUCACCAUGGACAGAAACACUGGUAUUCUCUAUGUCACACAGCCACUGGACAGAGAGAAGGUGGCCAGGUACAUGCUACAAGCGCAUGUUGUGGCAGAUGGUUCAGGAAAUGCUGAGGAGCCUAUGGAUAUUAUAGUGAAUGUAAUUGACCAGAAUGACAACAGGCCUGUAUUCACUCAAGAUACCUUCCUGGGAACCGUUCCUGAGGCGUCAGCCAAAGAUUUUGAGGUGAUUACGGUCACAGCCGCCGAUGCUGACGAGCCAAAUAAUGACAACUCAGAUAUCCGCUACCGUAUUAUAAGCCAGGAGCCACAGUUGCCCAGUAACAACCUGUUUGAAAUCAACCCAGUGACUGGAGCCAUCAGAGUCAGUGCUGGUGGGCUUGACAGAGAGAAAUUCCCAAACUACACUCUGGUUGUACGGGCAGCAGACACACAGGGAGAAGGGUUGUCUGCAGAGGCCAAAGUAAUCCUCACUGUAACAGAUAGCAAUGACAACGCCUCGGUCUUCACUCAGUCCUCUAGUGAAGCCAAUCCACCAGUACCUGUUCUGCAUUUCCCCAAGUCUGCUGAUGGGCUGAGGAGAAGGAAGAGAGACUGGGUCAUUCCUCCCAUCAAUGUUCCUGAGAAUAACAGAGGACCUUUUCCGAGUAAUGUAGUCCAGAUCCGUUCCAGUGAAGAUAGAAUAAAGAAGAUCUAUUACAGCAUCACUGGUCCAGGAGCUGAUCAGGAUCCUGUUGGCCUUUUCACCAUGGACAGAAACACUGGUAUUCUCUAUGUCACACAGCCACUGGACAGAGAGAAGGUGGCCAGGUACAUGCUACAAGCGCAUGUUGUGGCAGAUGUUUCAGGAAAUGCUGAGGAGCCUAUGGAUAUUAUAGUGAAUGUAAUUGACCAGAAUGACAACAGCCCUGUAUUCACUCAAGAUACCUUCCUGGGAACCGUUCCUGAGGCGUCAGCCAAAGAUUUUGAGGUGAUUACGGUCACAGCCACCGAUGCUGACGAGCCAAAUAAUGACAACUCAGAUAUCCGCUACAGUAUUGUGAGCCAGGAGCCGCAGCUUCCCAGUAACAACCUGUUUGAAAUCAACCCAGUGACUGGAGCCAUCAGAGUCAGUGCUGGUGGGCUUGACAGAGAGAAAUUCCCAAACUACACUCUGGUUGUACGGGCAGCAGACACACAGGGAGAAGGGUUGUCCGCAGAGGCCAAAGUAAUCCUCACUGUAACAGAUAGCAGUGACAACGCCUCGGUCUUCGCUCAACCCUCUAGUGAAGCCAAUCCACCAGUACCUGUUCUGCAUUUCCCCAAGUCUGCUGAUGGGCUGAGGAGAAGGAAGAGAGACUGGGUCAUUCCUCCCAUCAAUAUUCCUGAGAAUAACAGAGGACCCUUUCCAAGUCAUGUAGUUCAAAUCCGUUCCUUGGAAGAUAAAAUAAAGAAGAUCUAUUACAGCAUCACUGGUCCAGGAGCUGAUCAGGAUCCUGUUGGCCUUUUCACCAUGGACAGAAACACUGGUAUUCUCUAUGUCACACAGCCACUGGACAGAGAGAAGGUGGCCAGGUACAUGCUACAAGCGCAUGCUGUGGCAGAUGGUUCAGGAAAUGCUGAGGAUCCUAUGGAUAUUAUACUGAAUGUAAUUGACCAGAACGACAACAGGCCUGUAUUCACUCAAGAUACCUUCCUGGGAACCGUUCCUGAGGCGUCAGCCAAAGAUUUUGAGGUGAUUACGGUCACAGCCGCCGAUGCUGAUGAGCCAAAUAAUGACAACUCAGAUAUCCGCUACAGUAUUAUAAGCCAGGAGCCGCAGCUGCCCAGUAACAACCUGUUUGAAAUCAACCCAGUGACUGGAGCCAUCAGAGUCAGUGCUGGUGGGCUUGACAGAGAGAAAUACCCAAACUACACUCUGGUUGUACGGGCAGCAGACACACAGGGAGAAGGGUUGUCUGCAGAGGCCAAAGUAAUCCUCACUGUAACAGAUAGCAAUGACAACGCCCCGGUCUUCACUCAACCCUCUAGUGAAGCCAAUCCACCAGUACCUGUUCUGCAUUUCCCCAAGUCUGCUGAUGGGCUGAGGAGAAGGAAGAGAGACUGGGUCAUUCCUCCCAUCAACGUUCCUGAGAAUAACAGAGGACCUUUUCCGAGUAAUGUAGUUCAGAUCCGUUCCAGUGAAGAUAAAAUAAAGAAGAUCUAUUACAGCAUCACUGGUCCAGGAGCUGAUCAGGAUCCUGUUGGCCUUUUCACCAUGGACAGAAACACUGGUAUUCUCUAUGUCACACAGCCACUGGACAGAGAGAAGGUGGCCAGGUACAUGCUACAAGCGCAUGUUGUGGCAGAUGGUUCAGGAAAUGCUGAGGAGCCUAUGGAUAUUAUAGUGAAUGUAAUUGACCAGAAUGACAACAGCCCUGUAUUCACUCAAGAUACCUUCCUGGGAACCGUUCCUGAGGCGUCAGCCAAAGAUUUUGAGGUGAUUACGGUCACAGCCGCCGAUGCUGACGAGCCAAAUAAUGACAACUCAGAUAUCCGCUACAGUAUUGUGAGCCAGGAGCCGCAGCUGCCCAGUAACAACCUGUUUGAAAUCAACCCAGUGACUGGAGCCAUCAGAGUCAGUGCUGGUGGGCUUGACAGAGAGAAAUUCCCAAACUACACUCUGGUUGUACGGGCAGCAGACACACAGGGAGAAGGGUUGUCUGCAGAGGCCAAAGUAAUCCUCACUGUAACAGAUAGCAAUGACAACGCCUCGGUCUUCGCUCAACCCUCUAGUGAAGCCAAUCCACCAGUACCUGUUCUGCAUUUCCCCAAGUCUGCUGAUGGGCUGAGGAGAAGGAAGAGAGACUGGGUCAUUCCUCCCAUCAGUGUUGCUGAGAAUAACAGAGGACCCUUUCCAAGUCAUGUAGUUCAGAUCCGUUCCUUGGAAGAUAAAAUAAAGAAGAUCUAUUACAGCAUCACUGGUUCAGGAGCUGAUCAGGAUCCUGUUGGCCUUUUCACCAUGGACAGAAACACUGGUAUUCUCUAUGUCACACAGCCACUGGACAGAGAGAAGGUGGCCAAGUACAUGCUACAAGCGCAUGCUGUGGCAGAUGGUUCAGGAAAUGCUGAGGAUCCUAUGGAUAUUAUACUGAAUGUAAUUGACCAGAAUGACAACAGGCCUGUAUUCACUCAAGAUACCUUCCUGGGAACCGUUCCUGAGGCGUCAGCCAAAGAUUUUGAGGUGAUUACGGUCACAGCCGCCGAUGCUGACGAGCCAAAUAAUGACAACUCAGAUAUCCGCUACAGUAUUGUGAGCCAGGAGCCGCAGCUGCCCAGUAACAACCUGUUUGAAAUCAACCCAGUGACUGGAGCCAUCAGAGUCAGUGCUGGUGGGCUUGACAGAGAGAAAUUCCCAAACUACACUCUGGUUGUACGGGCAGCAGACACACAGGGAGAAGGGUUGUCCGCAGAGGCCAAAGUAAUCCUCACUGUAACAGAUAGCAGUGACAACGCCUCGGUCUUCGCUCAACCCUCUAGUGAAACCAAUCCACCAGUACCUGUUCUGCAUUUCCCCAAGUCUGCUGAUGGGCUGAGGAGAAGGAAGAGAGACUGGGUCAUUCCUCCCAUCAAUAUUCCUGAGAAUAACAGAGGACCCUUUCCAAGUCAUGUAGUUCAAAUCCGUUCCUUGGAAGAUAAAAUAAAGAAGAUCUAUUACAGCAUCACUGGUUCAGGAGCUGAUCAGGAUCCUGUUGGCCUUUUCACCAUGGACAGAAACACUGGUAUUCUUUAUGUCACACAGCCACUGGACAGAGAGAGGGUGGCCAGGUACAUGCUACAAGCGCAUGCUGUGGCAGAUGGUUCAGGAAAUGCUGAGGAUCCUAUGGAUAUUAUAGUGAAUGUAAUUGACCAGAAUGACAACAGGCCUGUAUUCACUCAAGAUACCUUCCUGGGAACCGUUCCUGAGGCGUCAGCCAAAGAUUUUGAGGUGAUUACGGUCACAGCCACCGAUGCUGACGAGCCAAAUAAUGACAACUCAGAUAUCCGCUACCGUAUUAUAAGCCAGGAGCCACAGCUGCCCAGUAACAACCUGUUUGAAAUCAACCCAGUGACUGGAGCCAUCAGAGUCAGUGCUGGUGGGCUUGACAGAGAGAAAUACCCAAAGUACACUCUGGUUGUACGGGCAGCAGACACACAGGGAGAAGGGUUGUCCGCACAGGCCAAAGUAAUCCUCACAGUAACAGAUAGCAAUGACAACGCCCCGGUCUUCACUCAACCCUCUUAUGAGGCAACAGUCGAGGAAAAUAAAGUGGGCGUGCUGGUCGCUACGUUGUCAGUAACACUGAAAACGGCAUCAUCCUAA